GGGAGCAGGAGGGCUGCACCCAGACUCCGGGACAGGCCCAGCUGAAAACGGCGGGGCGAGGAGUGGGGUGGAGACGCUCCAGUCGCCAAGGCUGGCGUCCCGGAACCCGCGGGGAGGAGGGUGGAAGGCAACUUCGAGGAAACUGGGAAAGGCGGCCAGGACCUCGGGGACAGGGCGUACCGCCGGGCGCACAGCCCCUGGGAGCGAACUGGCUCCAAAGGGGCGGUUCCGCGGCGCUUCCCCAGCGGAGCUCAGAAGAUGGUGCCCCCGGCCCUUCUGCUGCGCACAGCCCAGUCUAGUACCGCAGGCGGCGCGAACCCAGCAGGGCCGGUGCAAGCGCGAGGCAGGGCCUCUGCGCCCGGCCCCCUUCCCUGAAUAGAAAAGCAGCCCCAGGCUGUGGCGCUCCACCACGCCGUCCACGUGCGCCUUGCUGUCUCUCGAUUUCUCGCUAAGAUCUCCAGCCUCACCGCGGCUCGAAAUGGACCCCAACUGCUCCUGCGCCACUGAUGUCUCCUGCGCCUGCGCCGGCUCCUGCAAAUGCAAAGAGUGCAAAUGCACCUCCUGCAAGAAGAGCUGCUGUUCCUGCUGCCCCGUGGGCUGUGCCAAGUGUGCCCAGGGCUGCGUCUGCAAAGGGGCGUCGGAGAAGUGCAGCUGCUGUGCCUGAUGUGGGAAGAGCUCUGCUCCCAGAUGUAAAGAGAGCAAACCUGGAUUUUUUUUUUAAUACAACCCUGAGCCAUUUUCUGCAUUUCUUUUUAUAUUAAAUAUGUGAAUGGCAAUAAAACAAUUUUGACUUGAAUCUUAA